CUAAUGUAAUGGCGCCGCUAUGCGUUUUCAUGUGGUAAUUGGUCAGUGCUAGCACAACACUACUGCAGAGACGUAUUUGCUCAGGACACACAUCGCACUUUACUGAUCCGGUAGCGGGACUGCUGUAUCGGUGAUAUUUAGGGUCGAAAAGGGUUUUUCUGAAUGUGCCAGGAAUGGAUCAGGGGCCUGGUACGGUGUCGGGAGGUGGAUUUAUAUCCCUGAGUGAAAAUGAACAAAGAUGUUACUCAGAUCUUUAUACUUUGUGCAAAGCUGACAGCUCGGGGAAACUAGCAGCCAGUAAAGUGGGAGAACUAUUCAGAGCAUCCCAGCUACCUGCAGAUACACUUCACCAGGUCACUGAGCUGUGUGGAGCAAAGCGCCUGGGAUACUUCGGUACUGGGCAGUUUUAUGUAGCUCUGAAGUUAUUAGCUGCAGCACAAUCAGGCUUCCCAGUACGGCUUGAAAGCAUUAAAAGUGAAAUGCCACUUCCCAGGUUUGUGGGAAUGAAAAAUGAUGCUGAGGUGCUGAGGUCUCCAAACCAUUCCCAAAACAUGGAGAGCCAGGGGCAUCAGCUCGGGAAGCCGCCAAUGAGAAUCGCCCGGCCCAGCCUGGACAGGAACUCCCUGAAACGCACAGAGAGUUUAGGAGAUAAACAGACGCCCCGAUCGCCUCCACCAUCACCUCUAAGGUCACCUCCCAAUUCUCCUUCAAGCUCAAACUACCAGGACAAGGCUCUGAGCUACUCUUACAGGAAACAAUGGAACAGCACAGAACAGCUGACAGCUUCCUAUGAAAGUAAACACCCGAGUCGGCCUCUGCUCCAGCAGCAAGUAUCAUCGCCUAGUAACUAUGGAUCCAAAUCUUCACUCACGCAUUCCUCAGUCACGCAGGCUCUUUCAGUGGAGAGAAGCGCAGAGGAGGGCAGUGCUGACUACCACGAUGACCCCUGGAGGAUUACUGAAGAACAGCAGGAGUACUACACCAUGCAGUUCAAAUCUCUGCAGCCAGACCUCAGCUUACUCAUUUCAGGUUCUGUUGCUAAGAAUUUCUUUACAAAAUCUAAGCUUUCAAUACCUGAACUCUCCCAUAUAUGCACUCUGGUAUCUGAUGUCUGGUACAACACUGGGGAACUCAGCGAUGUUGACUGCGAUGGAGCCCUGACAUUGCCCGAGUUCUGCACUGCCUUCCACCUCAUUGUUGCCCGUAAAAACGGAUACUCUUUACCAGAAAAACUGCCCCAGACACUGCAGCCUGGUUUUCUGCAAAUAGAUGCAGUGUCUCCCAAGUCAAAGCGUGAUGGUGCAUUCUUGGGUUCUUAUUCUGAAUUGGUGCCAUCAAGUCAACAGAAAGAACCAGCUCAUUCUGAGCAGUGGGAAGCCAUCAAUGAACUACCCACUACACCAGCGCCUCUCAUUGUAUUUGAAGAUGAAUCCGGAACUGCUCCACAGGAAACAAAGACAGUAGAAUCCAUACACCCGCCUUUAUCCGAUAAAAGCACGCCGAAGCAAGAGCCCAUGAUUGACAGCUGCAUAUCAGCCUUUAGCCCGAAGAGAAACCCAGUUUUCAAAGACACGUCAGUUGAUGAACACACACCUUUGGAAAAUACCCCGGCUGCUAAGACAGAGUGGAGGUUAAACAGUACUAAGAAAAACAGACCCGAGAAUAAUGAUGACAAUCCUCCACAAGAGUUGGAGCACCAAGUAAAGUCAAGAACAAGACAGAGAUCGUACUCCAGCACCUCAUUAGAUGAUGCCAUGAAGAAGGUCGAGGAGCCCCCUACGCCACCCCCCAGGCCACAGAAAACACACUCCAGAGCAUCUUCUCUGGACCUCAACACAAUCUUCCAGCACAAUAGUCAAGGCUUCAAGCGUGGUUGGCUGCCCCCACCAGCUCUCCCUCCAAGGCCUUUGGCAGGACAGAUCCCACACUUUGUUUCCAGCACAGAAACAACAUCACAGCAAAAGCCGGUCCGGAAACUCAACUUCGCAGAUUUCAGCAAAUUCAGCGAAGAGGAAGAAAACGCUGCGAAGAAUGAAGCUCAGGGUCAGCUGGGCAAGGCCGCUGGAAGCUCGGAAGAAAGCAGCCCACUUAAAAAAGUAAGACCUGAUAUAUUGCCGGCUCAGCCUCCACUGAAACCAAUCCGCAGGAAAUACCGUCCGGAGAGUCAGAACCUGGACAGCCAGGAGCCCACCCCACCCCUGCCACCUCCCUCCUCCUCUGCUCCCGGGACCAAACCACAUCCUCCUGUCCAAAAGCAGUCAUCCAGGCAGAAGAGGGCCAUUCAGACUGCCAUCCGCAAGAAUAAAGAAGCCAACGCAGUCCUGGCCAGACUGAACAGCGAACUCCAGCAGCAGCUCAAGGAAGCUCAUCUGGAUAGAAUCGCUUUGGAAACCCAGUUGGAUCAGCUUCGCCCUGUCUCAUACUUAUGACCUUCACAUUCCCUUCUUCUGAGCGGAAAGCCUUCAAGCAAAAAAUAAUCCAGUCUUUUGAAUUUGUAAAGAAAGGACUUGUGUUGUACUGUACAUACAGUACAAUAUGUGCACAGUGCAAGCAACAAGGGACAUCUGAAUGUUUUUUUUUUCCUAUUGAAAACUUGUACUACAGCGUCCCUUGCCACUUUAUUAUAGCCAGGGUAGUCCUGUGCACAACUAGUGACGGGCGGAAUGUGUUCUGUGUACAACCUUUUUUUUUAUUUAUUGUCAUAGCCAGAUAACCCCCUAUGAGAUUUAAGACAUAGCGUUGAUAUAGAUAUGACAGCGCUUUGGUGCCAUUUAAUAACGUCUCUCUUAUAUGUAUUUCCUUACUGACAGUAACAUGGCUUUAGCUGUGCUAAAAUAGCUUGGGGAUAUCUGAGCAUUCCCCUGUCUGGAUGGCAGCUCAGAAAACUGUCUUUAUCUUUAAACUGUUGUCAAAAAAGGCUGUUACUGGAGCACCUUGGACAUCAAAAGAAAGAAACAAGAAAGCAACCAGCAUCCAGUAUGUUCACAUUCUAUUGAUUGUCUGAAUGUAGAUUUACAUUAGUUAUACACUGGCAGGGCAGUAUACAAUACAUACUGGAUAUACCUCAAUAGAAGCCUCAGAAUACAGUUGACUAAUGUUAGAUCUGAAAGAGCAUAGAAGGGUGGUUUAGGGAACACUGGAAUAGAAAACCCAUAAUCUUUUAUGGACAGGAAAUUUUGGACAAACAGGAACUGAAGGAUAUUGGUUCUUUCCCCAAUACAUAUAAUGGGUACAGUUAAGGAAGCCAUCAGCUUGAUACUAGAGACCUCUGGAUCUCUUAACAGUCUCCUACUACUGCUGACCCUGCUUUAGUCUUUCCCAACCUAUGUUACUACUGCCAGCUACACAGCCUGUCUGACUGCAGUACUGCCAUUCCAAAGCGUGUUGGCAUGACAGUUCAUCUUUUGCCAGUGAUGAGAGUAGUGAUCUGCAUGUCAUUGGCGCACGUUCGAUCACAAACUGUAACUUGACAUAGUAGUAAAAACAUAAAGUUUUUUUUUGUUCGCACUGUUGGGCUAGAUUUACUAAGCUUCUCCCCAGUGUAACGUUUUCACCACCGUGCUUGGCAUGCCCAAUGUGGAAGUGCUACAUGUUGUACUGAGUAGAUCAGAUUUCUACUUUUUGAACAAUCAGCUCAAGCAACUUGUGCAUUCCUGUGUUCAAGGUUGUCUGUUAUUUUAUCUGCACACCACCAGCAAGCAGGCAGCGAAUAUGUAUACACUGUGGUUAAUGGCAACUUGACUGUCCUGCAAUUUCCUUGUAUGUAUUUCCUUACUUACCAAGCUUGAAUACAAAAAUGGUGCAAACAGUACAACAGCAAAAGCGUAGUAUAUCUGCCUAUGUGGGGUAUGGGCCUGAUUCACAAUAUUCAAAUGCAGUGUUCUGUGAUGAUGUACAGUGUACCCUGUUUCUAAAUAAAUAACGGGAGGGGGGUUCAUAUAUAAGUUGACAAAUGAAAGCAGUAAUCGUCUUCCUUACCUUUCCUGCUUCUUACAUUCUGUUAAAUGCCUCUCCUCCUCCACGAGUGACCAAAUGUAUGGCCCUAGUGAAGGGGAUAUUUUUCUGUUGUUUCACAUUGUAUUCAUAUGAGCUGUUUAAGUACUGCAGCUCUAUAGCCCAUGUGUGGGCUAUGCCUAAUGACUUCCCCACCCUGGAUCACGAUGCAGCGUGGUUUCUGAAUCACACGCCUCUGUCAGAUAGCACAGGGUGUUGCUUUAAUUAAGUCUCUGAGCUGCAUUAGCGAUGGUAUUGAAUGUUGACAAUGGAGUUAAGCUGCAAGACACAGAUAGGUGUGUUAUAUCCAGCACAAAAUUUAGAUGGAAAUAGUAUUUUUUAUACCAAUCACAAAGGGGCCAAUAUCCAGAAUACCUAACCUGUGAGCCAUUGCAUCUGCUUACACAUUGCAGCUGCCGCACACAGCAUACAUACAAACACUGUGCUCUUGCAAUGUGCAUUUCAUAACAAAAAAGCUUUCAUUUGGUAAUUACACGUGCCAUUUUAGAACACAUCUAUGCUAACUACAUUCUAGAGUUGAUUCUUAGCACAGGCCAUGGGAAGAAGACAGUUUGAUUCCAGAUGAACAAGGGGAGGACUCCUGUUCCCCUGUGGUAAUUAGGUGGGAGACGACUAGGUAUUGCCUUGUUUGCGCAGUGAACUUGGCAGAAGAAUGCACUAAUUAUGGCAUUAGUCACUGCAUCAUUUGUAAUACUUCACAAAAACAGAUACUGAACACUUAAGGAAUGUCAAGUGACUAGAUCCGAAACAAAAGCCAACAAAAGCUUGUCGAAAAAUAUUGUGCAACAAUGUACUGCAGUCCGUUCUUUAUUCUUUUCUAUGCAAAAUUGCGGUGCUGGUACUUCAUUGUUAUUCCCUUUCCUUUUUUUGAUACAUGUGUUUACAUUUGUAUUUUGGUAUAUGUAAAUGAUAUUUAGCUUACAGAGAAUGGCUAUUGUAAUGUGCAUUUUAAUGGGUGUGGUUUGCAUUGUCUGUGAAGGGACACAUGCUGUACUGCUUUUAAGAAUGUAAAUAAAAAAAAUGCAAAUCAAAGUGAAGUCAAAUAAUAAAGCUGACAUUUAUAAA